CCGCACCAGCUGCCGUUUCUCCAAUCGAGUAACAACCCUUUAAGCUCUUCUUCUCUUUUGGUCAGCGGGAGGAGGACGACGACGCGUCUAAGCAAAGGCCAUGGUCGAUGCGCGCCGCCGGCUCUAGCUUUAUAUAUACCGGAACUACGAUCACCCAUCCUUCCACCCACCUUCCUCUACCUGUUCUUGCGUGCUUAAUUGCUCCAUCCAUCGUCGAUCAUGAGCUACCAGGCAGGCUACCCGCCGCCGGGCACCGCCGCGUACCCUCCGCCGGGCCAGCAGCAGGCCUACGUCGCGCCGCCGCCGGCGUACCCGCCGUCCCAGGACGCCGGCGCGUACGGCCAGCAGCAGCAGCACCAGACCACCAGCCGCGGCGGCGACGGCUUCUGGAAAGGAUGCUGCGCCGCCAUCUGCUGCUGCUGCGUCCUCGACAUGUGCUUCUGAUGAGGACGACGGGGCGGUGAUCCGUCGCCAUGGCCGGGGCUUGCUGAUCGAUCCAGCUGCUCUGCUUUUGUUACAUUAUUUCAUCCAUAUUGAUAGAGUUAGUCUUCGUUCGUGUGGUUCGAUCGUAGUACUUGUACCCGUGUGGAGUAUGAAUUCGUAGCCAUUUUCUCUUUUAUGAUGGCGAUGUGUUAUACAUAAAUGUUCCUGUUGGUGCCUGUUAUUCAUAUUCGAGUUUACAUUAUUUA